GGAGUAACCAAGGAUCAGUCAUAGUCCUCGGCUAGCUACUCCCCCUACCUCUCCGAUCCAUCACCCAAUUCCUUCGAUGGGGAGAUCGCCCUGCUGCGAUGAGAAUGGCCUCAAGAAAGGACCAUGGACACCCGAGGAGGACCAGAAGCUAAUCCAGUGCAUUCAGAAGCAUGGCCAUGGCAGCUGGAGAGCCCUCCCUAAACUUGCCGGAUUGAAUAGAUGUGGAAAGAGUUGCAGGCUGAGAUGGACCAACUACUUGAGGCCAGACAUCAAGAGAGGCAAAUUCUCCCCGGAGGAAGAGCAAACCAUCCUCAACCUGCACUCCAUCCUAGGCAACAAGUGGUCCGCCAUUGCCACGCACCUCCCUGGACGCACCGAUAAUGAGAUCAAGAACUUUUGGAACACCCACCUGAAGAAGAAGCUCAUCCAAAUGGGGUUCGAUCCCAUGACUCAUCAGCCAAGGACUGACUUCUUCUCAGCUCUCCCUCAGCUGAUUGCCCUUGCCAAUCUCAAUGAAUUGCUCAAUGGUCGGCCGUGGGACGACCACGCUGCACGCCUCCAAGCUGAUGCGGAUCAGGCUGCGAAGCUGCAGUGCCUCCAAUACCUGUUGCAAUCUGCAAGCUCCAUGACUACAAAUAAUGGAUCCAAUCCCAGUGGUCUCGGCACCACUACUGCAGCUGCCGACUUGGAGACCAUGAGCCUGCUUAGCUCUCAGAUGACUUCGCCCAUGCCGUCUUCUGGUCUUCAGAAUAUCAACAGCCACGAACAGGUUAACCACUUUUCAUCCGUCUUGUUUGAGCCACCUACGAGCCAGGAGAACAUCGAGUGCUAUACCGCGGCUGUGGGGUUUAGCCAGGGAGAAAACAGAACACAGUACGUUUCUCCUAAUGCAUCUCUUCCUCCUCUCGCUGACGCAUCAAUUGCCCACCAUCAGAAUGCUUGCAGCAUUUCUAGCUCUAAUGAGAAUGAGACCCACUCCUUCUGGCCUGAACUUUUCAUCGAUGAACAAUUCAUGGCUGAAUUUGCUUGAUGACUCAUCGCUCUUACUCUGCGGUAGUGUCUAGUCCUAGGAGGGUUUGGAUGAUCUGAUGUUUGCAUACAAUUCAUGCAUUGAACGGCUGCUAAAUUGGUUCUUGAUACUUGUAAAUGUACUUUUCACAUAUUCAUACAUAUAUGUGUAUACUUAUUCUGCAGCUUCUGCUCUUUUCUACGUACUUGGCUUUCAUCUGUACUAAUGAUUGAUCACUUCUACUGGAACUAAAAUAUCAUUUUCCUUGCA